AUGGGGCGGAGGAAGGAUGGGGAGGGGUAGUGUGGAGUGAGUGGUCUCCGUUGUGGUCUGCUUCUAUUGUUGGAGUGGUGAUUUCAGAGUGAAGCGGACGGUAGGCUACGCGGUUUGGUUUUGAGACCCAUGGCAGGAUACAUCUCGUAUGCGCUUGGGCUUUAGGUGGUUCUAUACUAGGAGGCCUCGCUCGAUUUCCACUUCUCUGUUUCGACGAGUCGAGCGGACUCUAUCUCGAUUUCGCUUUCGCGACGAACGAGGUAUCCUUCAAAUCUCUCCCUGUCUUUUCUGCACUGAUAUCAACUCUACUGAGAUACAGGCUCGCUUGCACUAGAGACCGUGAUUUUCUCUAUGAGACAUCCGGCUCUCCC